AUGGAGGAAGAUUUGAAGAAGCAAGGCGAGGCCAUUGAAGACAAUAGGAGAGCGAUACACUUUACCAAAGUUUCUACCAAGGAGAUGGACAAUCACUUAGAUGAGAAGAUCACAAGUCUUGAUAACAACCUCGAUGGCACCACCAAGAGUCUCAAUUCAAUAACAGCAGUAGCUCAUCAAGCUAAGAGGGAGGUAGCCGAAGUGACACUAAAGGAGAGGCAAUGUUACUCGACGAUGCUUACAUUGGUGGAAGGGCAAAAACAAGUGAAGGCACAAAUCCGAGAUUUACACAUCUCUCUAGACAAGAGGAGCCAAGAUAUUCAAAGAAGAGCUAGAGGGCUUGAAGACAAAGUAGAUGGAGUCUCCAAGGAAGUCAAGGAUUUAACCACUCGCUUAGCCAACUUGGAAGAGAAGGUCUUGACCGAGGCAAAGACGACCGUUCCUAAGCACAACCAUGCCGCGCCCGUCUUUACUAUAAGAGAGACCGACCCAAGAGUGAUUUGGGAUGAAGAAGAAAGUAGAGCUGAUCAAGAAAGAGCCACAAGGCUAACCACUGGAACAAGAGAAAGAUAG